AUGGCAUGGGACGCUGCAGCCACGAUCAUCAACAAAAACGUUCGAUCUGGUCGAUUCAUGGUCCCCAAAAAGUUGAUGGAAGCACGGAAACGAACCAUCAGUGACGUCACGGACUACGAAGUUAUCGCCAUUUUCCAGGAAGCCUGGUGUGGACCAUGGGAGAACAAUACGGUAGACGAAAUCUGUGAGUCGAUGUGCCCGCUCUACCACGGUGGCGCGGAAGCGAUCUACAAGAUCACUUCCACAGCAGGACAGCUCGGUGCAGUCAAAGUGGAGGACGUCUUACCACUGGACACCCCUACUCAUUGA